AUGAAGGAUACUCUUAUUGCGUCCAUUGCAACCUUUCAUACGAAGAAGAUCAUCAUCUUCGACCCAACCAAGUUUCAUCACUAUGGUUCCAUUCUGGAGACCAUGUACAGGAGUGUUUCAGCGCAAAGUAAGGUGAUGGCUGACUACAGCAAGCUUAAUCCCACAGAGCCGAGAGUUCUCACUGCCGAACAACAAGCUGCUUUGGAUGCCCUUGACAAGCCAAGUAACCGAGGCAAACGGGUGAAUGCAAGGAAGGAGACAACCAAGCAUGAAACCUCUAAGCCUUCCAAGAGCAAGAAGCGUAAGUCAGAGACAGAAAGUUCUUCUAAGCCAAAGAAGAUUAAACGUAUGGCACAAAAACCCAAGGGUCCAACUCCUCCACAUUCAGACGAUGACGAUGAUGAAGAAGCAGAAACUCAACAAGUGUCUCCAAGAGGUAAUCCUCCACCUCAUUCUCCUACUCCAACUGAGGAUGUUAAGAUUCCUACCCCACCUCCAUCACCAAAACGAUCACCUCCACAAACAGAAGAAGUUAAAAUUCCAACUCCACCUCCUUCCCCAAAACAAACACCUCCGAAACAGACACCUCCAACACCGACACCGAAAGUAUCAGUUUCGGUUGUUCCCACUACUACAACAAAAACUUCUCAACCACCUCCACCAGUUUCUUCUGUUUCUAUUUCCACAACACCUCUAUCAACUCCAGUCAUUACCCCAGUCACAACCACUACAAUCCCUGAACAAACAGCAAGGGUCAACGUAUCUGAUACGGGGGCACCUACUGCAACCGAAACCCCUGUCAUUACUACAACUCUCUUACCAUCCCACUCAACCGACUCAGGUGCUACUCUGGGAGGCGACAAUGAUGAGUAUGACUCCACAUACUUUAGUCCCUAUCGGUUACAGUCUGAUGAAGAUACUGAAGCUCCUAUCAACCGCCAACAUUUAGAGAGCAUUCAUGAAGAGUUGGAUAAACUACUUGCCGAUACUCAAGCUUAUGGAGGGGUUGUUCUUAAAGCUUUUGUAGAGACAUAA